AUGGCAUCCUUAUCUGGGUUCUGCAGAGCUAGGACUACUUUGUACGACUAUGGAGCAAGGAAGGUCACCACCCUGUUUGAGAUACCUCCAAUAGGUUGUGCUCCCGCCAUCUUAGCUGCAGCUGGCACAAAUGGUUCUUCUCCUUCUUCUUCCUCAUGUGUAGACCGUGUUAACAAUGCAGACCAGCUUUUCAACACUGGACUCCGUUCGCUAGUGGAUGGGCUCAACAACAAUCUUACCGGAGCGAAUUUUAUAUACGUGAACACAUACCAGAUAUAUUCCACUUCUUCAGGUUUUAGAGUCAGAAAUGCUCCAUGUUGUCCUGCAUCAACGAUUACAGCACUAUGCAUUCCAUCAAGUAAUCCAUGUGGUAGUGGGAGUGAUUAUUCAUGGUGGGAUGCAAUUCAUCCAUCUGAGGCUUCUAAUAUCAUAACUGCAACCGGAUCAUAUAAUUCUCAAUCUCCCUUUCAUGCUUAUCUCGUGGAUAUUCGUCGUCUGGCUCGGCUUCGAGUUCAUUUGUAUUUGAUCAGUAGAAGAAGACAUACGUGCAGCCGAGAUGGGCCAUUCAGACAGCAGAAACAUUUUGAAGACGAGUUUCGAAGGCUUCAGGGAAAUAAUACAUGCAAGCAGUAG